AUGCAGAACGAGAACCAGCAGAGGGUGAUUCGGAAGGCGGUGUCAGAUUUAAGCAAAGAGAUUGAAAGAGUAAACCUGAGGAACAAGAAUGAAGUAGAAGAAAUGAUGAGGAGCAGAGUGGAAGAAGAAGAAGAAGUGCGGCAGGUCGAGUGCAGCUGCUGUGGGCUGAAAGAGGAAUGCACCGCAGCCUACAUUUUAGAGAUCCAACGGCGGUUUGCAGGGAAAUGGGUUUGUGGGCUUUGCUCCGAAGCCGUAAAAGAGAGAGUGCUGAGAUUUCCCAACACACCCAUUAACGAAGCCAUCAACUUUCACAGGGAAUUCUCCCACGCCUUCAAUACCACCACAAGGCUCAACCCUAAGCUCUCCUUAACCACUUCCAUGAGAAAGAUCGCCAGAAAAAGCUUCGACAAACGAAAUUCUUCACCCGAUUCGGAUUUCGGCUCUUCCACUAAGCUCUCUAGAAGCAUUAGCUGUGAUCCCAGAAUUCGCCUCAAUGAUUAA